AUGUCUAGACCAGAGCAGCUAGCACCACCAGAAGUUUUCUACAACGAGGAUGAAUCACAGAAAUACACUGCAUCCACCCGUGUGCAGCAUAUCCAGGCAAAGAUGACGUUCAGAGCCCUCGAGCUCUUGAAUUUAUCACCUACAGAACACUUUAUUCUUGACAUUGGGUGUGGAUCAGGAUUAUCAGGUGAGAUCUUAACAGAAGAAGGUUACCAAUGGGUAGGCAUGGAUAUUUCUCCAUCAAUGCUUGCGGUUGCAUUGAAUCGUGAAGUGGAAGGAGACUUAUUUUUACUGGACAUGGGUACCGGAAUUCCUUUUAGACCAGGUACCUUUGACGCUGCCAUUUCAAUUUCCGCGAUCCAGUGGCUUUGUAAUGCUGACACUGCCAAUAAUGAUCCAAAGACCAGAUUGAAGCGCUUUUUCAACACUUUAUACGGUAGUUUGAAACGAGGAGGAAAGUUUGUGGCCCAGUUCUAUCCUGCAAACGACGAACAAUUGACAUCGAUCACCUCUGCUGCCAAAGUUGCAGGGUUCGGUGGGGGUGUGGUGAUUGAUGAUCAGGAUAGUAAGAAGAACAAAAAGUAUUAUUUGGUGUUGACUGCCGGGCAAGCUGAAAACCAAGUGAACUUGAAUGGGGUAGAUAUGAAGGGCACUGAGCGUCCAGGGAAAAAGUUGACAAGAAAACAAAAGAAGGACGAAGAAACCAAGAAGACUUAUAUCAUGAGAAAGAAGGAAUUGAAUAGAAGAAGAGGUAAACAUGUGGCAAAUGAUUCCAAGUUUACUGGUCGUACUAGACGUCCAAAGUUUUAG